UUGGGGUUGAGUUGAUGGUUGAAUUGAACGAAUUUUCGCUAUGUGUGAUAUGGCCUGUGGUAUUUUUUAUUUUCGCAGUUUGGCAACCCUGCCUCUGAUCGACACUUCGGAACUGGCUUGCUUCGUGAAGUAACGCUGUGUAUAGAGCUGUUUAAUUUUUCUUCUAAAGUGGAACCCCUGGAACUGACGACAGAACUCCAGGAAAUUUUGAAUGAAGAACAGCAAGAAACACAGCGAAAUGUGUCUCCUUCUGAACAAGAGGAAGACGAAAGAGGACCAAUGCCGACAUCUGCCAUUAAAGAUCUUUUGAAGAAGUAGGAGGAAGUCAGAGCAAUGGUCUUAGAAUGACACCCAAACCAAGCUGAUGUCAGUAGAGUUGGGGAUCUUUACAACGGUAAUGAAAACCUGAGAAUGAAUUACCUGAGAAAGAGAGAAAAGCAAUCGACAUGUUCUUCAACGCCCCUUAAGCAAAAAAUGAAAAGGACUGAUUAAUAUGCAAGACUAUACGGUCCUUAUUUCAGUCAUGUUAGAAGAAAAAAAACUUGAAAAAACCUUGAAAGACUUGAAGAAGACUAGAAAUGUUUCAGAUUUUAUAGAGUUGUUAAAAAUUUAUAAAUAUAAUCAAAUUAUGAAAGAAGUAUCCGAUAUCUUUGAUGGGGAGGAAGGUCUUAAAAAUAAAUUAAAGUUGCUGUUUGGCCUGAAAUUUUCCGAAGAUGUUGUCGAAUGGUCUGAUGGUUAUUUUAGAAUAUGUGUUGAAGAACUUGAUAAUGGUUUCAAUAAGGAUCUAAAGGAAAAGUUGUUUAAUUUAUUUGACUGUUCUGAAGAAAGUAGUAGUGGUCGUUCCUUUUCUGAAGCUUUCGCGGGCCUUCUAUAUGAGUUGCAGUGUGAAGAUGGAAAUUUGAACGAAGCUUUACUUAAAAUCAUAGAAGAGACUGAACUAAUUGUUACUGAAAGUCCCGAAUAUCACUACUAUUCUUCCCAACCACAAUUCAAUGAGGCAAAUAAUUCUAAUAUUCUGAAUAUAGGAAUGUGCGUAAUAAGAGAUGCCUGUGACGCCAAGGCUGAUAAAGUAUUAAAAUUAGUACUCAGAAUUGGGCAGAGCCAUGAGGAAUUUUCGGAAGAAGACAAAGUGAUAAUAGGGAAGCUUAUGAUGGAUGCCGUGGUACCAAUCCAACGUUACAUAAGGCGUGUUCUUAUUACUUAUGGUCAUAGAUCAUACCCUUCUAUACAAAGAAAAAAAGCUGCAUUAGAAAGAAUUUUCAAAGAGUAUGCUACAUAUACGCCUUUGAGUGUGUAUAAAAUUCCCGAAUAUAAUAAAUUAUUAGAAGGUAUUGAAGCAUUAACUAAAGUGAAUAAAGACUAUUGCGAUUCCUCAAACAGUGACAGUGAUUCCUCAAACAGUGCGUAGCUUUUUUAACAAGUGCUUAAGGCAACAAAGGACAUUCAAAAAAAAUUUUGAAAUUAUCAAGGGAUUUGCUUGAAAAUAUCAGGAUACAUUUAUAUUGUUAAAAACAACUAUUAUACAAAAUUUCGAAAAAAUAUUUUGAAAUUUGAGAAUUUUGAAUUUUUUUUUUAUUCCUUGCGUCUGAAAUUUUGUUAAAAUGACAAAAUUCUUUCAAAAUAUUAUAUAUUAGGUAAUACUAUAAAAACUGUUGGGAG